AAUAUAAAAAAAAAUAACUUUCUGAAAUUAGUUUUAACCCUGAAGAAUAAAAGAAUUAAUAGGUUCAAUAAUAAGAUUAAUUAUAAAUAAAAUAAUAAUAAUAAUAAUAAUUAAUAAUAAUAAUAAUAAUAAUAAUAAUAAUAAUAAUAAUAUGAUUAACAAUCUUCAUAACCAUAUUU